AUGCCAAUCUACCACAUCGUCCUCUUCAAACUCAAGCCCGGCGUCACGCCCGCGCAGCUGGCCGCCUGGACCGCCAAGGCCAAAGGCAUGGUCGGGCAGAUCCCAGGCCUGACGAAACUGGAAGUGAACACGCCGCUACCCUCCACGGCGAGCAGAGGCCAGGGCUUCAACAUGGGGUUGGUAGCGAUCUUGGAGAAGGCGGACGAUGUCAAGGUUUAUGCGGAGCAUCCUGCUCAUUUAGAGGUCCAUAAGUUCAGGGAGGAGUUGGCCGACGAUACGCUGGCGUAUGAUCUGGAGUAUCAGGACUGA